AUGUGAUCUAGUAUGAAUUAUCACUAUUGCAGAAGUACACAAAUCGUAAGCAUUGAUAUUGGAACUACUGAGAACAUUGUGACAAUUAAAAUUACAAAAUGGAGAUACAUUUACCUGAUGAAGAUACUUUGAAAAUGCAUCCUACUUAAUACACCUUGACGAUUUGCAUUUCUUUUUAAAACAUCAGUAGCAAUUUUGGAAUCUCAAAAUAAGAAAUUUUGAAAAUCUUUGAAAAGCAUUGGAUAAAGAGUCAGUAUUUGAUACAGCAAUACCCUAUAAUAGUAUCUUACACAGACUAUAACCAUGACGAAAUACAAAGGUGUAAAACAGGCGGAUGACACGCCUUCCAUCUCAACGGCUAGUAGCAGCUCUGAUAAAGUGACGUUAAAACGGGACAUCGGUGUGAUUCAUGCCACCACGGUCAUCAUGGGAAUCGUAAUUGGCUCAGGAAUUUUUGUCUCACCAAAGGCAAUUUUACAGAACUCCGGUUCCAUAGGGAUGUCAUUAAUAAUCUGGAUUUUAUCUGGAAUCCUUUCCCAGAUCUCAUGUAUGUGUAUUGCAGAGUUAGGCGGAAUGUACCCACGAGCUGGGGGUAUCUACGCAUUUAUAUUAGAAGUACUCGGGCCCUUACCAGCAUUCUUAAGUGUAUGGUCAGACUUUUUGAUCAAGAAAACUUGUUUUUAUGCAGUCCUUGCGCUUACUUCAGCAACCUAUAUUAUUCAGCCUUUUUAUCGAACUUGUGAUCCGCCAUCGAAUGCCAUCAAGCUUAUUGCAAUGGUCAUUGUAGUGCUGGUGACACUCCUAAAUUGUGGAUUCAUACGCAAUGUUACAAGGGUUCAGACAGUCCUAACUGGUGCCAAAGUCUGUGCCCUCCUAAUUGUUAUAAUUGGAGGAAUAGUCGCAUUGUCUCAAGGAAAGACUGAAAACCUGCAGCCAUCAAAAGUAUUUGAAGGGACCACAACAGAUGUUGGCAACAUUGCAUUAGCCUUAUACUCUGGAAUGUUCACAUACUCAGGGUGGGAGUUUCUGUUCAUGCUCUUGGAAGAAGUGAGAGAUCCUAACAAAAAUGUCCCAAGAGCAGUCCAUACUUCUUUUAUCAGUGUGAUAGCCCUGUAUAUUCUCACAAACAUUGCCUACUUCUCUGUCAUGACACCCGAAGAGGUCCUCAACUCUAAUGCUGUUGCUGUGACCUUUGCAGAAAGAACAAUAGGACCAGCUGCUGUGAUAAUUCCAAUUUUUGUGGCGUGUUCAUGUGCAGGGGCUCUCAAUGGUGCAAUGUUAGGGGGUUCAAGGGUGACAUUUGCAGCAGGAAGAGAGGGUCACCUUCCAGAGUUCCUCUCAAUGAUUAGUGUCAAAUACUUCACUCCUUGGCCUGCCCUCAUGAUAGGUAGCAUAAUCGGAUUUAUCUACAUCUGCGAAGAUGGUAUAAUAUCUCUGAUUGAAUACAUGUCCUUUGUGGCCCUGAUAGAAUUCCUCAUAGUCAAACUAUCCUUGCUGUAUCUACGGUGGAAGAAACCAAAUGAUGAACGACCAGUCAAAGUUAAUAUUGUUUUAGCGAUGUGCACAAUACUGAGUGAUGUUGCCAUGACGUUCCUAGCACUCUAUAAACAACCGACCAAAAAUGGUAUUGCCAUUUUGUUAGUACUCUCUGGUGUGCCUGUUUACCUCAUUGGGGUGCGCUGGAAGUCAAAACCAAAACCAUUUCUGGAAUUCAUGAGAAAAUUGACCCACACAUUACAGAAAACACUAAUGGUUGUUCCGCCCGCCAGUAUCGCAAAGCCAGAUGGUGACACUCAUAAAGAUGUGUAAAGAAAGAGACAUUCAAUAGAAUAUUACAAUUUUCAGCCAUCCAAAUUGUUCUCUCAUAAUUAACUGAAGUUUUCCAUUUCUGCAUUUCCUAACAGUUUAGAGUGUCUUAUAUGCAUGUGUCUACUUUAUUCCAUGUGCUUUAUUUAUUUUCACUCAAUUAGGUGUCAGAUUUCAUACUAUAAGCAUAUUGAAAUUCAUCAACAUAUGGUGAAAAUCAAUGAACAUUUUCUCACAAGUCAAGUUUUAAAAUGUAUUUAGAUAUAUCUAGGUAUGAUAUGUCAAAUCCAGACACUCUGAUUACAGUAUGUACAUGUAUUUGAAAUAAUAUGCAUUCUAUAUUUUUACAACAGAGUUAAAUUUAAGUCUAAAUUCAGUGAUAUUGAUACCCUCAUCAAUUUCAUAAUUUUAUUUCAUUAACUGGAAAUUGAGUGAAAAACUAUAAAUAUUAUCAUAAGAAAUAGAACACAAAAUUUUGAAGGGCCUCGGUUUAUGGGCCUUUUUGGGCAUUACUUGACCUUUUCAGGCCAAAUUUUCAAAAAUGGGCC